GAGAAAGCGAGAGAUGAGGCCAAUUAACAGUGAUUCAUCAUCAUCAACAACAACAACCAAUGAGAUUAAGAUAAGUAAAUCUCCAUUUCCUUACUUAUUUUUAAGUUUAGCUCUAAUGAUAAUUUUAGUUUCAAUGGCAUUGGUACUCCUUGUAUGUUCCUUUAGAAAACGUGGUUCUUCUCAAUCAUCAAAUUUAGAUGAAGAAAUGAAGCACGUAAUUGUAGAGAUUAAUUCCGAGCCAGAAAUACUUGUGAUUAUGGCGGGAGAAGAUAAACCUACUUUCCUAGCUAAACCAAUUAUCAAUUCUUCUUCUUUGCCUAAUUGCACUUGUGGAGCUCAAUCAAGUUCAACAAUAUCUUCAUCAAGCUUAACCAAUGAUCAAACAUUGAAUCAUUAA